AUGUUCACUUUCUGCCCGCUCCAGGGCGCCCUCUCGGAGUCGACGGCGUCCCAGUCCCUGCUCGAGCUCGACGGAGGCGUAAAGCUGCUGGUCGACCUGGGCUGGGACGAGUCCUUUGACGUGGAGAAGCUCAAGGAGCUGGAGAGACAAGUGCCAACCCUCUCCCUCAUCCUCCUGACGCACGCGACGACGUCGCAUCUCGCCGCCUACGUUCACUGUUGCAAGAACAUCCCGCUCUUCACCCGCAUCCCCGCCUACGCGACGCGACCCGUCAUCGAUCUCGGCCGCUCCCUCAGCCAAGACCUCUACUCGUCCACGCCCGCCGCCUCGACGACGAUCCGCCCGAGCUCGCUCUCGGAGGUGGCCUACGCCUACUCGCAGACCGCCGUCGCGGCACGGAACCUCCUCCUCGAGGCCCCCACGCCCGACGAGAUUGCCCGAUACUUUUCGCUCAUCCAGCCUUUGAAAUACUCGCAGCCGCAUCAGCCGCUUCCCUCGCCCUUUUCCCCGCCUCUGAACGGGCUCACCAUCACCGCCUACAAUUCCGGUCACACGCUGGGCGGCACGAUAUGGCACAUCCAGCACGGGCUCGAGUCCAUCGUCUACGCCGUGGACUGGAACCAGGCGCGGGAGAACGUCUUUGCCGGCGCCGCUUGGCUCGGCGGCGCCGGCGGAGGUGGUGCCGAGGUGAUUGAGCAGCUGCACAAGCCUACCGCCCUGAUCUGCAGCAGUCGCGGCGCGCGAAGAGGCGCGCUCCCGGGCGGCCGCCACAAGCGGGACGAGCAGCUACUCGACAUGAUCAGGGCCUGCGUCUCCAAAGGAGGCACCGUCCUGAUCCCCGUCGAUUCGAGCGCCCGGGUCUUGGAGCUGUCCUAUCUCCUCGAGCAUGCCUGGAGGACGGAGUCGUCGUCGCGGGAUGGCGUCUUGAAAUCCGCCAAGCUCUACCUGGCCGGUCGAAACAUGUCGAGCACGAUGCGAUACGCCAGAAGCAUGCUCGAGUGGAUGGACAGCAACAUCGUGCACGAGUUUGAAGCCUUCUCCGAGGUCCAGCGAAAGGUCAACGGCGCCCACGACAAGAAGGACGGCGGCCCGUUUGAUUUCAAGCACCUUCGGCUCCUCGAGCGCAGAGCCCAGAUCGCCAAGCUGCUGAGUCACGCCGCCGACAGCGCCGAACCGGGCGGACGCGUCAUCUUGGCGAGCGACACGAGCAUGCAGUGGGGGUUCUCCAACCAGCUGCUCAGAGGCCUCGCCCAGGACGCGAGGAACCUGGUGAUCCUGACCGACCGGCCCAGCCUCGCGAGGCCAGGCACCCCCUCGGUCGCCCGCACGUUGUGGGAGUGGUGGAAGGAGCGGCGGGACGGGGUGUCGGUCGAGCAGACGGCCGGCGGCGAUCAGCUCGAGCUCGUGUACUGCGGCGGUCGCGCGCUCGACGUGCGGCAUGCCCGCCGCGAGCCUCUGGACGGCGACGAGCUUGCCCUGUACCAGCAGUGGCUCGCCACUCAGAGGCAGCUCCAAGCCACUCAGCAAGCGAGCGGCGCGGCCGCGCUGGAAGUCGCCGCCGACGUCGACGACGCGUCCUCGGAGGAAUCGUCCGACUCGGAGGACGAGGACGGUCGGCAGCAAGGCAAGGCCUUGACCGUCGCCGCCACCAUGGGCCAGGCCGGCCGCAAGAACUUGGUGCUCAAGGAUGAGGACCUCGGCAUCAACGUUCUCGUCAAGAAGCGGGCCGUCUACGAUUGGGAUUCGCGCGGCAAGAAGGGGCGGGAGAGGUCCUUUCCCAUCGCCAUCCGGAGGAAGCGAAAGGACGACUUUGGCGAGAUGAUCCGGCCGGAAGACUACCUCCGAGCCGAGGAGAAGGAGGAGGACGGCGGCGACGGCGGCAACGUGGUGGCCGAGGACGCGAAGCUCGGCAAGAAACGCAAGUGGCAUGACUCUUCCAAGAAUCCAUCCGGCCCCAAGGGGCGCGCGCAGCCCGGCAAGGGCCAACCGCGCGACGAGCCGGACGGGGCCGCGGCCGCGGCUUCGGAUGGACUCGAGCAGGAUGACCUGGACAAGGCCGAGGAUACCGAGGCCGAGGAACCGGUCGGUCCGUCCAAGAUCGUCUACGGCUCGGAGCCUGCCACGGUCAACCUCCGCGUCGGAUUCGUCGACUUCAGCGGCCUGCACGACAAGCGAAGCUUGGACAUGCUCAUACCCCUGAUCCAGCCGCGCAAGCUCAUCCUCGUCGGCGGCGAUCGGGAGGAGACGAUGGCGCUUGCGGCCGACUGCCGGACCGCCUUGGGCAUGGAGGGCGACAAGAGCGUCGAUGUGUACACGCCCGAGGUCGGCACCUGGGUCGACGCGAGUGUCGAUACCAACGCCUGGGUCGUCAAGCUCGCGGACCCGCUCGUGGAGAAGCUCAAGUGGCAGAACGUGCGCGGGCUGAGCAUCGUGACCAUCAGCGGCCAGCUGCUCGCCAGCCGCGACGGCGACUCGGCGGAAAAGCACGAGGACGAGUCCCCUUCGAAGCGGCAGAAGACGGAGACGACGGCAAGCGUCGCUCUGACAUCCGAUGUCGGCCACCUCCCCGUCCUCGGCGUCGUGCCCUCGAAUCUUCUGGCGGCCGCCCGAACGGCCGCACGACCGCUGCACGUUGGCGACCUGCGGCUUGCGGACCUGCGGCGGGCGAUGCAGGCCGCCGGAUACGGGGCCGAGUUUCGAGGCGAAGGCACGCUCGUCGUCGACGGAACGGUCUCGGUGCGCAAAACGGCCGAGGGGCGAGUAGAGGUGGAAAGCGUCGGGAACCCGUUGCAGGGGCGGCGAAGUGCCGUGUACGAGGUUAAGAGGGCCAUCUACCAGGGAUUGGCCAUCGUGGCAGGGGCAUAA